AUAAGGGUUUGUACUUUGUACAAGUCCUACAUGAUCAAUAAUGUCCAGCAAUGAGCAAGAAAAAGUGCAACAAUGAUGACGCGGUUGCCACCAAAUCCCUCAACAAACUAAGCACCGGUUAAACAAGUGACCCCCUCACCAACUGAUCUCUUACCGACGAAGUCAAAACGUCCAUCGCAACUGCCAUGAUUGCGAAACCUUUGAAUGAAUGACUAAUACAGCCCUCCUCUUGAUUUAGUAUACUACUCAGAAUUCACAGGAAGUAAAGUGGACCGUGACAUGAGGCGCACACAUCCCUCUGAAACCGAGUUUGCGGGAACAGCAACGCGGCAAAUGUUCCGUCCACGGGACAUCCCGUGCACGUUUGGUCCAUUGGAUCCACCAUAGUUUGUGCUUUGUGAUUCGUGAUGGAAAGUUCCAUUCAGUAUCAGGAAUCUCAAGCAUGUUGGUAUGGAACAAAACCUAUUGAUUCUGUGCACGGAACAAAUUCAUUUCUGGUGUAACAGUGGCAACCGAACUGUUUCGAGUCCCUUGUGUAUAAAAAAAGCUUGUCAAAUCUUCUGAUUUCGAAAAUUUUACGUUACUUUUGGGAAAAGUGAUGGCGUCUCACGGCAUUCAUCAGGGAAACGUGAAGAGUCGGUGACAUAUCCCUUUUGAGUUGAGGAUUCUCUUCUGAGGAAGCCAUCAAGAACUGAUUUUGUCUGGAGCUGGAUUUUGGUGGAAUCCUCAGCAAGCUACAUUGGCGAUCGUGGUUAUCUCUCCACCCCUCGCAGAGGUGCCAAGUCAUCUCGUCUCUAUCUCGUCUUGUCUCCAUCAAAUGGUAGUACACAUUGCAAAAUACAAGGGGGCAAAAUUGGUAAUCCACCUGGAGGGGCCCAUCAGUUAAACCAUCCCCAUCUGACACUCUCCAAGCAACAUGAGCAGCACACCAACAUCCAUGAGGCAGAGCAUGGUACAGGGGGAUCCUCUCAAUAAGAUGAGUGAGAUGGGGGAAAGAAGGCAUCAUUAGUAGUCACCAGAUGCAGCAUGCACACUGUUGUUAGCGGCAGCAGGAGAAGCUGCCAGUCAAGAAAGUGGAGGAGAAGAAGAAGAAAAUAGGAUCAUCAUUGUCGUGAUCAUCUGGAUUGAUCGAGCAGGUGGCCAUGUCGUACGAUGAGGUGUUCACUGUUCUUGGAGCUGGAGUCAUGAGCGGCAAGGGGGCGGCGGCUAGCGUUUGGAGGGGUCAGGGCAGCAACAUCACGAGGCAGAUCCUCAAGUGCACGAGGUGGCAGCUCGAGGAGACCACCGACUUCAUCACCUGCCCCUACCACUACUUCUGCGACAGCUCCUACCCCGGCGACUACUCGACCGCUGUCGGCGUCGUCGUCGCCGUCUUCGCUGCCUACUGCCUUCUCUCCGCUGCGGCCUUCACCGUGGCAGAGAUCGGAGGCGGCGCCACGGCGGCCGGUGGCGUCGGGAGGAUCAAGAGGAAGUACCUGGUGCCGUCGGGGCCCUUCUUGCUGCCGCUGGUGCUGCUGGUCCUUGCCAAGGGGCAGCGGAUCAACGCCGUCUUCCCCCUCGCGCGGUUUGGCCCGGCAUUGCUGCUCACGCUGCAGGCGUCGGCGCUGGCGUUCCGGAACGAGGCCGACGGCGACGUGCGGUACGCGGUGCUCGAGGCGUCCACCGUGUCCGGGAUCCUGCACGCGAGCCUCUACCUGGAUGCCAUCGUUCUGCCGUACUACACGGGGACGGACGCGCUCCGGUGGUCGCGGUUCUCCGGAGAGUGCCCCACAUGCCUCUGCCGGAUGGAGCCGCUCGUCGUCGGCGGCCGGACCGUGCUGUACCGGGGCCUCUCCAAGACGGCGCUGGCCAUCAUCUUCGCCCUCUGCUCCAGGAUGGUAUGCCGGAUCUACGGGGAGGAGCGGCUGAGCGUGUGGACGCGGUCGGCGCUGGAGAUGGCGAGCUGGGUUUUCGUGUCCGGCGACGCCAUCUAUCUUGCUGGUUGGGCGCUUGCCGAGGGCGCCGCGGCGGUCUUCGCCGUGUACGCGCUCGUCGGGUCGCUGGUCUUCUUGUGUGUGUUUGGGAAGGUGUACAGAUUCUUGGCGUGGGCGGAGAACAGGCAGGUGCAGUGGAAACCAAGCCUUAGCUGCCACAAUGUGGUUUGAUUGAUCAUUUCCUUUUUUUUUUCCUUUUGCUUUCGGAGGAAAUUGUAAAGCAUAAAAACCAAUUAAUUCAGGUUUUGUGUGCAUAGAGAGAGAAAAUCGGAGAGUAUAAUAACCAAUUAGUUCAGGUUUUCUGUGUAUACAAAAUUACAAACUACAAGGAAACUGUAAAGCAUAUGAUCCGCAUAACCAUAUUGGUGAAGUUUCAAACUUACGGUUUUUUA